UCGUUUGCAGAUUUUUCCAUCUGUAACAAAGUGGUGAGCAGAGGAGAAGAACACGGCAGAAGGGUAUUUGUGUUUUGAAAAAACACGUUUCUCGUACCUUUCGUGAUUCAAAACAUUAUUGAUAUUAACCUUGCAGUCAUUCCUCAGUAGGAAUAAUCAAGAGAGCGCUUCUAUAGUUUUCUCUACAUAGCCUUGGCCCUUGCAUGGUUUCUGAUGAUUAUGAUUGUGGUGGAUAACAGAAUGAAGAAUUUUCCACAGUCAGGCUACCAAAUUGUAGCUGCCUUAGCAAUCCUUUUCCUCAUGUUUAAUAUUGUUGUGGUUGUAAAUGCAGUGAUGGGCAACAUGAAGAUACAAAAAUUGACUUCUCAGAGCAGAAAUGUGUCUCAGAAGCCUGUGCAUAUUGAUGUUAGAAAAGAUGAAGUGAAGAUAAAAAAUGAGGAAAAACCCAAAACUGAGGUCAAUUGGGCAAAUUUUAUCAGUGAACAUGUUGUGUCACAGGAAGGCAAAAGCAGUGAGUAGCCCAAAUCCUUAAGAUCCCGUCUGGUCAAAAUGUUCAAGAGCCUACAAGAGGACAUGAUAAUCUUAUUUGUAGCCACUACUUGUGCGGUUGGAACCACUCUCAUCGCCAUUGACAACAUGGGCUAUAUUGGGAAAGCCCUAGGAUACACUCCUGUGAAUAUCAAAACUUUCGUUUCUCUCAUCAGCAUCUGGAACUUUCUAGUCCGUGUGGUUGCAGGAUUUCUGUCUGAGUUUCUGAUGCAAAAGUACCAAUUUCCCAGGCCAUUGAUGUACACAAUAGAAUUGCUUAUCGCUUGUGUUGAGCAUCUCUUUACUGCUUUUGCUCUGCCAGGAUCACUGUAUGUAGCCUCAAUCGUUACAGGCCGGUCUUUUGUAGCUCAAUGGCCCAAAUCCUGACGAUCAUGUCUGGUCAGUGGAUUGCAUUUUAUAAAUAGAAAAUGGAGGGAGAGAGAAAACAAGGGUGAGGAACAAAACAAUGUACUAAAGCAUCUUCCCUGCAGUGGAUAUAUGGAUCUGAAAGAGUCUUCUCUUCUUGCCAGAAAUGUAGCCAAGAGAAGAUGGUUUGUUGUAUUUAUAUGCUUUCUAAUAAUGUCACCUGCUGAAGGGAGUUUCAUGCGUAGUAUAUAUUCAAAAACUCAAUCUGCCCAAACAAUUUCAGACAGUGACAUCAAUCAACAUGUUCCAGUUGUUCAUUCAGGUCAUGGUGCUUCAAAAACAGUUGUUUAUUCGGUCCAUAAUACUGUGAGCGUCUUCAAUGUAGACAAAUAUGGAGCAGGAAUCGAUGGAAAGCAUUCUUCUGAGAGAACUGCAGCUACAAUGGAGAGGGUGCUGAAGGGUCGCAAACUUUCUGAGCCAAGUAAACCUAAGCUUGAUCGAGGACAUGGUCCUCAGCAUAAUUAAACAAUAUAUUUUUAUCACUAUAUCAUAUGUUAUAUUUAGAUAGGUUAUUGAAGUACAGUAUACAAUUAUUCUGGUAGUUACCUUGUAAGAGAGCG